CAGAGAGGAGGAGAGAGAGAGGGAGGGAGAGGGAGAGAGAACGGGGAAAGGGGAGAGGGAGAACCAGAGAGGGAGGCUGGAUCUUUUCCCCUUAAUAAGCAGGAUUUAUAUCCACUGGGGAGACAGGGAGAAGAGGGCAAGGGGCCUAAAAGGAGGAGGAAGGGGGGGUGGAGAUGCAAGCGCCUUCUGGCCCCUCCCAGAGCAGCAGAGCCACAGACCAGGACCCCCCACCCCACCUCUCUCCACCCCUCCUCCGCCCCUUCCGCCUCCUGCAUCCUCCCCUCUUGCCACCCUUCUGAAACCAGCCUUCCCGAAAGGGCAUCUCUGGGAGCCAAAAUGUGGGACUUGCUCCAAAAUGCCAGCCGAGACCUAACGGAGUAAGGUUUGCUGGGGGUGGGGGUGGGGUGCUGUGUAGGGAGGAAGAAAAUGAGAGCAGUUGGUUGUGUAGGGUGAGGUGUAGGUGUGUGAGGGUGUGUGAGUGUGUGUGUGUGAGUGAGUGUGAGUGUGUGGUGUGUGUGUGUGUGUGUUUGUGUAUGUGUGUGUGUGUGUGCGCGUGAGAUUGAGACAGGCACAGACACUGCAUUGCUGCUGAUGUAGGAGUCGCUCCAGCAAAAACACAAGCACCGGGUUGCUGCUCUGCCUUGGACUUGCUGAUCAAUUUCCCCAUCAAGACAGCAGCAGGUGGAGGUCACAGAGGGGGAUCGGAGACCCUUUCCUGCCGUGGUAUUGUAUUUUCGUCCCCCCCCCCCCGCAACCAGGAAUCCUUCUUCUCCACUGGCAUCUGGCCUCCUUUGCCCACCUUUUCCCUCCCAGGUUUUGCCUCGGAUGGUUCUAAAGGCGACCCGUUUGCACCAAAACCCGUCUGAUUUGCUGCUCUUGACAAUCUUAUAUUCUCACUAUUUGGGUCCAGUACAGUACCCACAGCAGGAAGACGAGCGGACGGAUCCUGUGCCUCCCCCUAGAGAAUGUGCCAGCGGCAGGAAUUGACUCAAGCAGCCCUUUGGAUUUGGUGCAUUAUUUAAGGUGUUUUUUCCUCUCUUCCUUUUCCGGCUUUUUCUUUUCUUUUCACCUUUUUGAGCAUUUGCAAACCAGUUACAUGCAUGUCCAGUGGGGGAAGGUUUAAUUUUGAUGAUGGAGGGUCUUACUGUGGAGGCUGGGAGGACGGCAAGGCUCACGGCCAUGGAAUCUGUACCGGCCCAAAGGGUCAAGGCGAGUAUGCAGGAUCCUGGAGUCAUGGCUUUGAAGUGCUGGGGGUCUACACCUGGCCGAGUGGCAACACGUACCAGGGCACCUGGUCCCAAGGAAAGCGCCACGGCAUUGGCGUGGAGAGCAAAGGCAAGUGGGUGUACAAAGGCGAAUGGACUCAUGGAUUUAAGGGACGCUAUGGGGUGCGUGAGUGCACAGGCAACGGAGCCAAAUACGAAGGCACCUGGAGCAACGGCCUGCAAGAUGGCUAUGGGACGGAGACCUACUCGGAUGGAGGGACAUACCAGGGCCAGUGGCUUGGUGGGAUGCGUCAGGGAUAUGGUGUCCGGCAGAGCGUACCAUACGGCAUGGCUGCGGUUAUCCGAUCGCCCCUAAGGACCUCCAUCAACUCUCUGCGCAGCGAACACACAAACGGCACAGCGCUGCACCCUGAUUCUUCGCCUGCUGUGGCGGGGAGCCCUGCCGUCUCCCGGGGGGGAUUUGUCUUGAUGGCUCACAGCGACGCAGAGAUCCUGAAGAACAAGAAAAAGGGGAUCUUCCGGCGGUCCCUGCUGAGCGGGCUCAAGCUGCGCAAAUCCGAAUCCAAGAGUUCCUUGGCCAGCCAACGGAGCAAGCAGAGCUCUUUCCGCAGCGAGGCGGGCAUGAGCACCGUUAGCUCGACGGCCAGCGACAUCAACUCCACCAUCAGCCUCGGAGAAGGUGAGGCAGAACUCUCGGUCAUCGAAGACGACAUCGAUGCCACCACCACCGAGAUCUACGUGGGCGAGUGGAAGAACGACAAGAGGUCAGGCUAUGGGGUCAGCCAGCGCUCCGAUGGGCUCAAGUAUGAAGGCGAGUGGGCCAACAACAAACGUCACGGCUACGGCUGCAUGACCUUCCCGGACGGUACCAAGGAGGAGGGGAAGUACAAACAGAACAUCCUGGUGAGUGGCAAGCGGAAGAACCUCAUCCCGCUGAGAGCCAGCAAGAUCCGCGAGAAGGUGGACCGGGCUGUAGAAGCUGCCGAGCGUGCCGCCACCAUCGCCAAACAAAAAGCGGAGAUUGCGGCUUCCAGGACAUCCCAUUCCCGGGCGAAGGCGGACGCAGCUGUGACGGCAGCGCAGAAGGCUCAAGAGGAGGCCCGGAUUGCCAGGAUCACUGCCAAAGAGUUUUCGCCUUCCUUCCAGCACAGGGAAAAUGGCCUCGAGUGCCAGAGGCCGAAGCGCCAGCAUUCGAGUGACGACAUCGAGGUCCUUUCGACAGGGACGCCCCUCCAGCAAGAAAGCCCAGAGCUCUACAGGAAAGGAACGACCCCUUCGGAUCUCACUCCAGAUGACAGCCCUCUCCAGAGCUUCCCCGCCAGCCCCUCCUCCACCCCACCUUUGGGUCCCUCCUGUCGGAACAAGAGCACCCACUUCUCCAGGCAAGUCUGCAUGGACGAAGAGAGGGGGGGAGAGAUCCAGAUGUUGCUGGAGGGCCGCGGCGGGGACUACCUGAGGCCCAAUAGCUGGGGCGAAGACAAGGAGGGAGGGACACGUGGCGUGAGAAGCGGAGGCUUGCGUAGCAGCCAGCUGGGCUUCUCCGAAGACUACCGGGCCCGGAGUGGUGGCCACAAGCAUGCAGGCUCCAACCACAAGCAGCGGGAGAGGUGGGCAGACCCUCCGGUCGCGGCGUCAUGGACUCACCACCGCCCCCACCACCACGGCUCGGGAAGCAACAAGCUCCUAGAGCUGGACGAGGAGAAGCUGAGCAACUACGAGAUGGAGAUGAAACCUCUCAUGAGGAUGGAUUCUUAUAUGCAAGAGAUACACUCCCAAAAAAGACAUUAUAGCAAAAUGGGCCCCAGCAGAAGCCUGGCUGAGGACCACCACGGGGAAGAUCGGGGCUUUGGGGUCCAGAGACUGCGGGCUAAGUCCCAGAACAAGGAGAACUUCAGGCCCGCAUCUUCUGCUGAGCCAACAGUGCAGAAACUGGAAAGUCUGAGGUUAGGGGAAAAGGGGGAACCGCGGCUAUUGAGGUGGGACUUGACCUGCUCCCCACCGCAGAAAUCCUUACCUGUUGCACUAGAGUCAGAGGAGGAAAAUGGAGACGAGCUCAAAUCCGGUGCGGGUUCGGCUCCCAUCCUGGUUGUCAUGGUGAUCUUGUUAAACAUCGGAGUCGCCAUUUUGUUUAUUAACUUUUUCAUCUAACUCGAGACUGUCUUGUUUGCAAAAAUUAACAGUUUAAAACAAAAACAAAAAAAAGGUGUAUGAAUGGGGGAUUACGAAGCAAACGACACACACACACAAAACAAAAGGAGGGAAAGAUGUGGUCUUUUUGAACUGUCCUGAGACCUCUUCCAAAUCUUUUCACAGAAGAACAACAAAAUAUUGAGUAUCACUCACAGUUUGCCUUUUUUUCCUGGGUAAUGUUUUUUGGAUUUUAGCCAAAAUUCUUUGCUUGUAUAACACUUAUGCUGUGUGGCAUGGCAGAAUGGUAACAGCACUCCAGUCCUCCCAGCACCAGACAGGAUGAGAAGGGCUCCUCGAUGUCACUGACUAGGAAACCUUCAAAGAGGGUUUUUUAAAAAGCCAGAUGCUGAGAGUGGGGUGUCCUUUCCCACUUUUCCAGAGGGGACAGUGUGGUUGUGUGAAAUGGCUGUCCCAGAUGAGCACUUAUCACCCACCUCCUUGAUGACUGUGUGAACUGCUUCCUCAACGGGGAGGUUAGAUUCUAGGGAACAUAGUUUUUGCUUUCAAGGUGAUGUGAAACAAAUCCAUUUUCCACCACACCCAAAAUACGGGAAGCCCAAUUAAAUAGUUCAAGGUUAAAAAAAGAAAAGAAAAGCAACUUCUAAAUUCACCUUAAAAGUAUUUUUAAAGUCUGAAAGGCAACAGCUAGAGCAGAAGUCUUAACUACUUGCCCACACUUCCUUCCCUCCAAGUUAGGGAAGGAAGGUUAGGUGCCAGAAUGCUCCUCCAAAUAUAUCACCCAAGACUGUUAUUUAAAACUUGAUGUUCACAAAUAACUUGCAGUACAAAAAUUUCAGAAGAUCUAGCAAGACUGAACAUGAUACAUCUUGGCACAGGGAAACCCUGUGCCUAUAAUUGCAGGAAGUUCCACAUUGCACCCAGUUUUCAGGUCAUUUCUGGCACGUGUUAAAAACUGACCCAGCAAGAAUGAAAAGAAACUUUUCCUAGGGAUUGGUUUUGUCUAGCUAUAAGCCAGGCUCCAAAUUUGGGUCAGCCAGUUACCUGCCUCUCUCCCACUGUUCCUGGGAAAGGACCUUCGUGCAAGGGGAGAAAAAUCUCACUUGCCUCUCUUCCAUCAUGGAGUGCAACUCCUGUUUUGGCCCUCAGUUUACAUCUGUCCCCAUGAGAAGGUGUUUGGUGGGAGGUUUGCUUGCGUACCGUACCCCUCUCCCCAAAGAGUGUGUGGGGAGCAACUCCCCUCUGUGGCUGGCAAGGAGUGCAGUGCGGCUAGGUUCCUGUUCCAUCUUGCCAUGGGCCAUUUCCAGAUGUCAUGCUUGGCCUCUGAGCAUGUAACAUUUUUGCACUUUGUCCGUAGGAUGUAUAUUCCAGCUUCCGACAUAUCCCUGUACAAAAACGAAAAAAAAAAUCAUUGACAACAGCAGCCUCCGAGUAUGUAAAUGCUGUUUUUAUAUAUAUAUUUUUGUUUUUUCCUCCUCUAUGUAUCACUUAAUUUUGGUUUGGUUCAAAACAUCUUUGUAAGAUGCCUGCCUUGUUCUUUCUUUCUUUCUGACGCCCCUGGUAAUCCACUGAAAAUAUGCAUUCGUUCAUUAAAAGAUGCAGUACCCCUG